ACAUUUUAUUACAUUGUAUUACGUGUUUUAUAAUUUAGGAUAUUUACCGAAAUGCAAUAAUGUUUUAUGAUUCUAUUAUAAUAUAGAAAAUACAAAUAAAAUUUUAUAUUUUACGAACAAUUGACGUAAAAUUUACUAAACGAAAGCAAAUUUAAUUUUCAUUUUCAAAUUAUAAUUAUCUUCCAAGUCUAGAUGAAAUAAAAUAAACAUUUAGUUACUAAUCGUUAUCAGUUAUCAGAUAUGUUAUCACAAGCAUGAUAUCAAAAGCAUGCUACACCCUAAAUUACAAAUUUCUACGUGCGAUAUAUGUUCAACAUGUUCAUGCACAAUUUCUAGUAAUAAAUGAGGAACAAGAAAUUAACUGUCAUGGAAAACAUUUGGCAAAUAAUGAUAUGCUUAACUUUGAUUUACUAACAUUAAAUAAUCAUCAAGUUUUAAACAAACUUGUUUUAUCUAAAAACAACAUAGUUAAUUUACCUAGGAAUUUAUUGAAAAAGUUACAAUUUUUGAAAAAUUUAGAUUUAUCUGAAAAUAUUAUAGAAAAAAUAUAUACAACAAUGUUCAUAGACUUGAAUAGUCUCGAAAAUCUAAAUCUUUCCAAAAAUUCACUAAAAACUUUUGAUGAUUCAUUGCUAGAAGUACUUCCUGCAUUGUUGUCAUUAAAUCUCAGUUACAAUUAUAUAGAUUCAAUAGAGCAUCUAAUGAACAACACUAUAACAAAGAUUAAUACACUUGAUCUUUCUCAUAACAAUAUAUUCAGUUUACCUAAAGAAUUUUCUGCAUCAUUGCUAAAUUUACAAUAUUUGGAUUUGUCAUUUAAUAAAAUUCAUUCUUUGGAGAAUUGUAAUCUAAUACAUUUACAUUCUUUAAAAGCAAUUUAUAUAAAUAAUAAUUUCAUUAUUACGCUAGAUAUGCAAGCAUUACCAAAUACAUUGAUCGAGUUACACUCUGGAUAUAAUCAAAUUUCAGAAAUAUUAUACAAUUUAGUUCAUAUUGAAAUAUUAAAUCUGCAACACAACAACAUUUCUGCAUUGCAUACAAAUUUAAUAACAAAUAAUUUACAAUCUCUAAAUAUUAGUGGAAAUAUGUUAUCAAACUUACCAAAUGUUAUAUCUGAAAAUUUGAAAGUGUUAGACAUAUCUAACAAUAAAUUGACUUACAUCCCCGAAGUAAUAUCUAUUAAAAAUUUUCCAUUAUUGUUUCAACUUGAUGUCACUGACAAUCCUAUUGAAAACUUGACAAUUAACUCUGACUUGAAACUAAAUUUAUUUGUUGCCAAUAAAAUAAAUAUGUUAAAGAAUAUUGAAAAAGAUACAUUAGCAAAUUUAAGACCACCAUCGAAUGAUUGUAUUAAUCUUACUAUAUCAAAUAACAAAAUGUUGACUUUCAUUCAUGAAGAUGCUUUGAGACACAUGAAUUUGUGUUCAUUAGAUUUGAGUAAUAAUCAACUUUCCUAUGUGGGACAAAAAUUGAUCAUGCACAGCAGUAAUUUUACAAUAUACAGUGUCAAUUUACAAGGAAACCCACUUAAAUGUAAUUGUGCACUACAAUGGAUGUUAAACGAUUUAGUUCCACAGCUUUAUACCACCCAGCCUCGUCUUUUAGAUGAUUUAAGAUGUGCUUGGCCUCCGCAAAUAUCACAUAUAAGAAUGGUACAUUGGUACGGAUGGAAGGAUCAAGUAUUUUGUACUAGUACAUCAAUUUUGAAAGAAAAUUUGACAAUGAAUGUUGCCAGUGUAGUGACUACUGAAGUGAUACAUUUUGACUCGAGUACUGGUCUGCUAAUUGUUGUAGGAAUAGCUACAACUGUAUUAACACUUUUAAUAGUAGGAGGCAUUGUAUGGACACAAAAAGUGGCCAUAAAAAGGAGAAGAAUUAAUAGGAAAUUUUAAAGUUUAUCAUUAUUUAUUUCAUAUUUUAUUUUAUUUCAUAAUUUAUUUUACUUAUUUAUUUUUUACAAAUUUUUUUUAAAAGUUUCUUAAAUAUUCAAUAAAUUGAUAUUUUAAGAAGACAAUUAUCAAAGUAAUUCAUGUAACAACAUAUAACUUAUAUUAUUUUUUAAAUUGAUUAAAAUUAAGAACUGAUUAAUCGAACAUUUAUAAAUAA